UCCUCGCUCGCGCCACAUCAAAUUUGUGGCGAUUACCAAUGUCGGUGCGGCGUCCUGUGGCGCAUGAUGACUACCGACCUGCGCUUUGAUUCUCUGACUCAUACUGCGACUGAUUCUAUUACUCAAAAGCUCGGGUAUCUCUGACAACUGAAGAGUAAACAGCGUAGUUUGUAGUUUUUGGAGGACUGGCGGGUUGUAAGCAGCCGGUGGUUGUCCGUAGCCAGACGAGGAGCCGGCGGAUAAUCGCCAACUCCCAACGCGCGCGCUCUCAGAUUUCUGUAAAAAAAUUCCAAAUCUUCAAAAGCUGUCUUUGCACACACAAUGGCAAAAGGCGACCGCAAAUCCAACGCGUCCCGGGGAAUUCUGUCCACGGGAAAUGCUGGCAACAGCUCAAAGUCAAAGUCUGCAAAGGCUGCCGCCGCGAGCGCGGAGGGUCAGCUGCCGCUGCAGAAGUCCGCUCCCUCGGCGAAGGCUAUCGUCGCCGCGUCUUCGUCGUGGACCGGGAAACUGCCGGCCACUUUGCUGCACGAGCACUGUCAGAAGCAAGGAUGGGAGAAGGUCAACUAUGAUAUGAUUCACUCCUCAGGCGGGUUCAUUGCAACCGCAAUCCUCGGCGUGCGCAACCCAAAAACAAGUCAAAUAGAGACCGUCAAGUUUAGACCUCCAGACUCUCUACUAGAUCCUCAGCCCACAGCUUUAGAAGCUCGUCAUUUUGCUGCUACCUACGCCCUGCAUCGCGUUGCAUCUCACAAGAACAUGGCAAUGAUCCUGCCCGGAGAACACAAGACUCUAUGGCGGAAAAUGGAGGACAUCCGACGAGCAGACGUGAAAAACGGCAGAGCCCAUUUGUACUCGGCCGAUCCGUUUGUGGUCCAACGGGAGCAGAACGAUGCAAAAGCCGCGGCUGCUGCAAAGCAACAGGAACAGAAAGAGGAGAAGAAAGCGGUCGAAGCUGGGAUCGUCACACCUAAGCAACAAGCAGUUCUCAAAAAAGGAUGGGAGAGAGUUCCUACCAUUGAUAUGUCUCGCGAAGUGCGCGCGUUGGUUGAGACCUGUAUCCGAAAGUAUCACGUUUGGGAAACGAGUGGGGCAGCGAAAGGAAAUAGUGUAUCAAAGGAAGAGAUCAACGAGCUGGUCGGCCUCGGAUUUCGUGACGUACACGCUCUCGAAGCUGCAGAGUAUACUUCGUCUAAGCAGCAAGCUCUAGAAUGGCUGUUGAUUCACGUGCCGGAAGACGAUUUACCACCUCGGUUCUUGCCUGAGAAUUACACUCCUGGAGUAACUCUUGUUACCGGAUCAUAUCAGCUGGAAUACGCCGUCAAACGCUUAUCACAGGCCGGGUAUCCUGCCGAAUUGGCCCGUGAGACUAUCGAAGAAUACAACGGUGACGAAUCCAAAGCUAUCGAGCGACUUAUGUUUAAUCUGCAAUAUCCCGAGGCAGCUUUCGAAUUCAUCGAUGACGACGGCGUUGACACCGCGUGGAAAGAAGAGACCGAGACAUUGGCGGCAAUCUAUGGGGAUAGAUUUGCAAAUCCACUGCCGGAUUUUGUAGAGAUCAAACUCUCGCUACCGGCUUGUCAGUUUUACAACAAAGACAAUCUCUCGUUACGUUUCCACAAGUCCUCAGGUUACCCCGCCUACCGCAUUCCAUCGAUUUCACUAUUUGCGACCGAAAACAAUCGGCCUAAAAACUUACCAGCAUACAUCCGUCUCUCGGCCGUCUUGCGCGCUGCUACUUACGCGGCCGAGAAUCUGGUCUCGGUGGCAAUGAUAUUCGAUAUCGUCGAGUGGAUGCAGGAGAAUCUCGAGGAUAUCGUGAAGCAUCCUGUCAAACUCAAGUCUUUAUCAGGCGCAAUUUACGGAAUUACAUACUCGGGCGAGGGCGAUACGAUCUCUGAUAUCUUUGCGAGUCUGAAUCUGGGCAAGAGCCGGAGCGCGCAAAAGUCGUCUGCUCGCUUGGCACCGAUCCGGAUCAGCGCGCAAGAGUUGAAGGAUGGCUUGAAUAUGAAACUGCAGGAUCCGAAAAUGGACGCGAUGAUCCGGUCGCGCAAGUCCCUGCCUGCAUGGAGCAAGCGCGAGAUCAUUGUCGAGACGAUCCGCAAGAACCAAGUUACUCUUAUCACUGGAGAAACGGGUUCAGGAAAAUCUACCCAGUCCCUACAAUUUGUUCUAGAUGAUCUGAUCCAGUCUGGACAUGGAAACACCGCAAACAUGCUCUGCACGCAGCCUCGUCGAAUCUCAGCAAUGGGUCUAGCGGCACGAGUGGCCGAUGAACGAGGGUGCUCGGUAGGCGCGCAAGUCGGAUACGUUAUCCGCGGAGAAUCAAAGGUGUCGAGUGCUACUCAGCUACGGUUUAUGACCACCGGUGUUGUUUUGCGAAUGCUGCAGAUGGAUCCGCAGAGCGCGUUGAAGAACGUUAGUCAUAUAUUCAUAGACGAAGUCCAUGAGAGAUCUCUGGACAGCGAUUUUCUUUUGAUUAUCCUGAAGAGACUUGCCCGCAUAAACAAGAAGAUAAAGAUUGUGCUGAUGAGUGCUACAGUGGACGCAAAGAUGUUUGCAGACUACUUUGGUGGCGCUGGACAUGUCAACAUUGAAGGUCGCACGUUUCCCGUGCAGGACAUUUACGUCGAUGAUAUUCUGCGGGCAACAGGGUUCAGACCAUCGCUUCAAGGCGUGAAGCUAGGAAAGUCUCAGGAGAGCAACAGCAAGAGCAAAAAGAGCAGUAUCGACGACUAUACCGAUCGCCAUGCUCCCAAGGUAGAAGAGCCGACGCAGACGGAGGAGGAGUACGAAGAUUCGUUGAUGGGCAAAUAUAUCACGGCAUUAGGCGAUCGCAUAAAUUACGACUUCAUCGCCGCUGUUGUCAGGCAUAUCGACCAUACCUUGGGAGACAAAGAAGGCGCUAUCUUGAUCUUCUUGCCGGGUACCGCCGAAAUCUCAAGAUGCAUCUCAACGAUCAGCUCCAGCUCUUCCAAGUUUCACUGCUUGCCCUUGCACGCAUCGCUUAUACCUUCCGAUCAGCGAAAGGUGUUCCUGACACCUCCUCCCGGGAAGCGCAAGAUCGUUGCCGCUACCAACGUUGCUGAAACGUCAAUCACGAUUCCGGACGUGGUGGCCGUUAUCGAUUCAGGAAGAGUUAAAGAAACAGAGUAUGAUCCCCACACCAACAUGACUAGACUGGUGGAAACGUGGGUCUCCCAAGCCGCCGCCAAACAGCGACGAGGAAGAGCCGGUCGAGUGUCAAAGGGCACCUGCUACAAGCUGUACACUGCCAAGGCAGAGAAGGAGCGGAUGCCUGUUCGGCAAGUCCCAGAAAUUGGACGAACUCCACUCGAGCAGCUGUAUCUGAUGGUAAAGGCAAUGAAAGUCGGCGAUGCCGCAAAGUUUCUGGGCGAAGCCUUAGACCCGCCUGAUGUGAUGGCCGUCGAGUCUGCUCGAAACGUGCUGAUUCAAGUCGGUGCUUUGGACGAGUUCACUUCCGAACUUACUCCGCUGGGAAGCCAUCUCUCUACUAUCCCUGCGGAUCUCAAAUGUGCAAAGUUGCUGGUCUACGGAGCGAUUUUCGGGUGUCUCGAAAUGGCUGCUGUUAUCGCUGCGAUUCUGACGGCACGGUCGCCGUUUAUGUCGCCGGCUGAUAACAGGGACGCUGCCAAGUCGGCGCGAUCGGCGUUUUCGAACAAUCAAGGCGACGUGAUUGCCGAUGCUCGAGCAUUCAUGGAAUGGGAAUCGCGAAUCAAAAGCACAGGUUACCGCAGCGCUCGCGACUGGUGCGAGGACAACUUUCUUUCGUUCAAGACGAUGGAAGACAUCGCCUCCGCGCGCGACCAGUAUCUGCAAUCGCUGCAGGAAAUCGGAUUCAUCAAGUCUGCGAGAUUGCCCGCUCCAGCUCCGUAUACGAACGAGCAGCUGAGUCUGGUGCGGGCGCUGCUGGCUGCGUCCAUGAAUCCUUCGAUUGCUCGCAUCCAACUUCCAGAGAAGAAGUAUCUGGCUGUAAGCUCCGGUGCUGUCGAACUAGACCCCGAAGCACGAACAAUCAAGCUCUUCACCCGCGACGACGGCCGCGUGUUUAUCCAUCCAAGCUCGACCUUGUUUUCCGCGCAAACCUACCUCAACGGCGCUGAAUUCAUGUCCUUCUUCCACAAAAUGGCGACCUCCAAGGUCUUCAUCCGUGAACUCACGCCGUUCGGUGGCUUUGGCCUCUUGAUGUUCUGCGGCACCUUGGGAACCGACCUGCUCGGCCGCGGAGUCACGGUCGGCAAUUGGGUGCGCCUGCGGUGUUGGGCGAGGAUCGGUGUGCUGGUGGGGCGGAUGCGGGUGUUGCUGGAUCAGGUGCUGGCGCUGAAGAUUGAGGCGCCGGAUGUGGAUGUUAGUGGGCAUGAGAUUGUACAGGUUGUUAAGCGGCUGAUAGAUCAGAAUGGGUUGUGAGGGUUUGCAUAAUAUGUUGAAUAGAGAAAAGAUUUUGCAUUAUUAAA